GUCUCCACAGAGUGGUGCUCCUGUCAUCUCAUCGUGUCAACAAACAGUAGGCAGGCUACUGAAGCAGUGAGGUCACAGGGAGACAAUGUAGCCGGCCCAGGGAUUGGACUUAGCUCACCCACGCUCUGCAACGCUCGUCCCUCUGUAUGCGGGUAACCAUGACUACCGUCUGCCAGGGCUGCACUCUCAACAGCUCCCUGGCUCCCACAAUCAGGGCAGCUGACGGACAGCAGUAGGGACAGAGCUAUUAAACAAGAGAGGGCUUGAACAGCAAGGGGCCUGUCGAUACAGUCUGUGCCGGAUGGACUUGGCCCAGCUAUGGGGGGGUGAGGACCGCGGCCUCUCCCACGUGGAAGGCAGGGAUGAGUUCGGAGGACUGGGUGUUAAACCCUUCAGUCGUUCCCUCAUCCCUCUCAGAGACUCUCGUCCACUCGUCCUCACCGAUCUGGACAUGUGGGACAGCAGGUCUCACUUUAAAUCUCAGUCCUCAGCAUGGAGUAUGGCAUGUAUGACUGGAGGGUUCCUCUCCAAAAUGAGCACCAGCACCUCCGUUAAUGGCAGAGAUGGUGGCUUCAGCAGACAGAGUGACCCAGGGCUGGGUAAAAGAAGAUGGCAGUCGAUGUCUCGCCUGGCCCCUGAGGGCGCCCCCCGGUCCCUCUCCCCUGUCUCCCCAGGGGUUGAGCUAAGAGCAGCCCUGGAAGAGAGUGGCUUUAGGCGGGCAGAGCUGGUGCAGAGGCUGCGGGAGGCCCAUGGGCGUCUUGACAGCCAGACAGACCUGUUGAAGAACAGACACACACAGCUGCAGCAUAGCAGUAGUACUGCACAGCUGCUGGAGAUGAAACACAAGCAGCUGGCAGAUGCAGUGAGUGCUCUUGAGCAAGAGAAGGAGGCAGCUGAGUUGAGCCGGUUUGAGGAAAGCCGACGUCGAGGAGAACUGCAAGACAAGGUUCUUCAACUGGAGAGGGACAUGUCGAAGAUGAGAUCGUCUCUCGAGAGAGGGAGUGUUAUCAAACCUGCGGCCCCAAGAACUAACAACAACCCACUCAGCAGGACCUUACCUGUUACACAACAAGACUUGUUCAGAGAUGGGAAGCAAAAAGCAGAGAGAGAGCUGUCCGGACUGAGAGAGGCCCUCAGAGAGGCCGAGGAGAGAGCAGAGGCCCUGGAGACAGAGAGAGACUUUCAUCAACUACGCACCUCUAAAGAGGCUCAGAGGACAGUGUUGAACCAGACAGAAGAAGUGAACCAGAGACUGGGUCGUGCCUUGCAGACCCACAGUGAGCUGCAGGACCAGCUGAGUGAGGCACGCAGUAAGCUGGGUCAGGCCACUCUGGAGAGGGACCUUCUGACCUCCAAGGUGUUGCGUCUGGAGGACAGUGUGGAGGACCUGAAGAUCAAGCUGACCGGAGCCAUGUCUGACAAGGACCACUUACUGCAGGAGAAGGCAGACCUGCACCAGCACGCUCAGGAUCUGGAGCUGCAGUUGGAGAGGGCCCAGAGAGGCAGGGAAGGCUACACAGACCAGGUGUGUGAGCUCAGCAACCAGCUGGCCGAGGCCAAGGCCCACACCAACAGGCAGGGGCAGGAGACUGUGCAGAUGAAGCAGGAACUUCUGACUGUGACAGAGAUGAAUGAAAAGAUGACAUCAGAGCUGGAGAUGGUCAGACAGAGGCUGGAGUCCUCAUUGUCUCAGCUGCAUGAGCUGGGGGCGGAGAGAGUCAUCCACACCAAUCAGAUCGCAGCUCUGGAGACGGAGCGCUCGCAGCUGAUUGGAGAGAAGGAGGAGUUGACGAGUGCUAUUGGACGGGAUGGAAGACAGGAGGAGGAAGUGACAGAGUUGAGGGAGAGUUGCUGUCAGCUCAGUGAAUCCCAGGAUGCCUUGGAGUCAGAGAACCAGAGGCUGCACGAAUGCUGCCUGGCCUUGGAGGCGGAGCUCCUGGAAAAGGAGGAGGGGCUGUGUCAGAAGGGGGAGGAGCUGCAGCGGUUGGAGUCUGAGUCAGCUCAGAACAUGGAGGAGCUUAGGGGUGUGGCCUCACACUGGAGCGAGAAGUGGCAGGAUGUGGCUAUGGCGUUACAAUCCACCCAGGCAGAAUUAGAGGAACUCAGAGAGAAGAACCCUGGAGAUACAGUAAGAUGAGAUCGUCU